AUGCUAACAACUGCUAAUCAUCUAAGUUACCAACAAAAAAUCAAUAAUGGUAGUUUCUAUACCCCUCCGGAAUUGGUUAACUAUGUUUGGGAAUUAGUCAAUCCUUUGCGGACACGACCAAAAACACUAGCCGAAUAUGGUAUUAAAGACAAUCAAAAGUUGAUAAUCAUUGGUAAUCCUCCCUACAAUGAUACAACUUCUUUAAAAGCCGAAAAAAUCAAAGAAAACGCUCAAAAUAUUUUACCCAUUGACCCACAAAUAAAAUCACGAGAUUUAGGAAUUAGCUUUUUACGCAGUUAUUACCAAUUAAAGGCCGAUUAUGUUUGUGUUCUCCAUCCAUUAAGUUAUUUAGUUAAAGAAACUAAUUUCAACAGUUUAAAAGAAUUUAAAGAUAAUUACUGCUUAUUAAAGUCUUUGGUAAUUGAUAGCAAAAAAUUUAGUGAUGCCAAAGGGGCUUCUUUUCCUGUUUCUAUUUCCUUAUAUCAGCUAGAUAAAAACGGAAUGGAUUAUGAAUAUAUUAGAAAUUUCCCUUUUCAAUUAGAGAAUGGCAAACAAUUUUCGCUCAAUUCUUUUCAAUUUUUAACUAAUUUAGUUGACAAAUAUCCCAAAAAAACUCUUUCGGAUGAAUAUUUAGAUAACUUAUUCUUUUUUACUUUUCGGGAUAUCAAUUCAAUUAUGCGAAAUAGGACUUUUAUUCAAGAAUUCAAUAAUUACAGUGAAACUAAUCCUAAUUUUGACAAGUUUCAUAAAUUAACCCUCAACAAAAUAAAGAUAGUUGAUGAAAAAGAUAAUCCAACCGGCCGGUAUAUUUAUGAAUUAUCUGAUUUAUUAGUGGAAAUUCUGAGAAAAGGUUUUGUUAACUUAAAUUACCUGAGAAAACUACUCCAAGAAGUUCAAGACGAAAAGAAAUUUAUUGAGGAUGAAUUAGAAGUUUACCGAACUCAUCCCAAAGAGUAUAAAUUUAACGGAUAUACUUUUUGGAAAAGCACCAUCGGACAUCCGCUCCUAAUUUAUGAAGUAAGUGGUUUGAUAUUGAAAAUAGAGAUAAUUAUUAAAGAAAAACAAAAAGCGAUUGGUAUUCAGCCCAUGCUCUAUUUAUGUAUCCCUAUUAAAUUGGUGGAGGAAUACCCCGAAAUAGAGAACCAAUUAGCCGAAACUAAACAGACUGCAACUUAUUUAAUCACUAAAAAUAAUUUUCAAUUUGUUAUCGAAACUAUAAAAAUCUUUUCUAUUUUGGAGAAAGCACCAAAAAGACAUUGUUAA